UCUGCUGAAGCCUUUUUUCGUGCCUCUACCUCCUCGGCCUGACUGUUCGCUAGCGGCCGUCUCUUCUCUAAACUUCAGACGCUUCAGGUUGAUGUUGGAGAGGCGGUGAGAGGGUUUCUACUGGAGUCUGCAGCUCUGUGAACGGAUUUCCUGCCUUUGUCUUGAACACCAGUUGUAGACCAGUGGAGUCAGUGUGGGACUCUGAGUUUCAUCCACCAUGGGGGACGUGAUUUCCAGUCACCUGGAUGAAGCCAAGCGGGAGAUUAUCACAGCUCGGACCAGGGAGGUGAUGGGGGAGUUUAGGCAUCUGUAUGAGCAGCAGUAUGCAGUGGCUCUCUUUAACAAAGUUCGCUUUGACAUAGAAGGAGGAGGUGGCCCUCAACCCCAGCUACUGCACCGUAAGAUUCCUCUGGAGAACAAGUCCAUCUUCUCUGGGUCACUCUUUCAGUACCUGGAGGAGAACAAGAAGUGGAGAAACCGCUUCCUUUUUGUUCCAGACUCCUACAACAUCAACUAUUAUGAAAACAAAGCGUCCCAUGACAGACGCCUCAAUCCCAAAGGAACCAUCAACUGUGCUGGUUACAAAGUGCUGACAUCUAUUGAGCAAUACCUGGAUCUGAUCAGCAACAGCCUGCCUGGUGUGAAAGCCAAGUCAGGAAGUUCACCCUUCCUAAAAUGUGCCACCCAGUUCCCUCUGAUCCUGUGGCACCCUUACGCCCGUCACUACUACUUCUGUGUGGUGACGGAGAAAGAGCAGCAGAAGUGGCACGCUGUCCUCCAGGACUGUGUCAGACACACUAAUGAUGGUUUGUCAGAAGAGAAUAAAGUCCAAACACCGGCCUUUACUGAUGCAGUACGACUCUACCGGCAAGCUCAAGGGCACUAUGGCACCUGGGAGAUGAUGUGCGGUGUACCAUCACAGAUCCUCUCUAACCUGGUGAUGGAGGGCCUCCUCCCUGUGCUGAGGGACCUCAUCUCCCCCCGUCUCAAAGGCAAACUACACGAGAGGCAGAGGAACUGGAUGCUGAUUAGUGAUGCGGUAUACAGCCUGGUGCAGGGGCAGUGCCAGGCCCAGUAUGAAGCGAUGCUGCAGAAGUGUGAGGCAGCCCGCUCGUCUCUAGAGGCCUCCAUACGAACGGACAUGGACCAGAUCAUCACCUCCAAGGAGCAUGUCACCAGCAAGAUCAAAGGUGUGGUUCUCCACAAGGCAGAGAAGCUGCUGAAGGUGAGCAUCCAGCCCUACAUCAGCUCCAUCCUGGACGCCCUGAUGGAGCCGACCAGCCGUGGCUUCUCUGAGGUCCGUGAUGUGUUCUUCAGAGAGUUGGUAGACAUGAGCAAGAACACCCUCAAUGACGGCACCAAGGAGGCUGUGGCACAGCACAUGGAAAAGAUCUCCAUGCUGGCCUUCCAUCCGGUGAAGAUGCAGAGCUGCUAUGAGAAGGUGGAGCAGCUGAGCCUGGAGGGUCUGCAGCAGAGGUUUGACGUCUCCAGCCCCUCAGUGUUCGUCCAGAGGGCCCAGAUUCUCAUGAGAGAGCAAAUGGACAAUGCAGUGUAUACGUUUGAGCAGAUCCUACACCAGAGUCUGGAGUCUCAGGGUACAGAGGAGCUCUGUAAGACCAUCCAGCGCUGCCAGGACAGAGUCAUUAAGAAAUUUGACUAUGACAGCAGCACAGUGAGGAAGCGUUUCUUUCGCGAGGCUCUCCUCCAGAUCUUCAUCCCCUACAUGCUGAAGCAGCUCAGCCCUUCCUGUGCCUCGGAGCUGCCGCGCUUCCAGGAGCUCAUCUUUGAGGACUUUUCCCGUUUCAUCCUGGUGGGGAACAUCUUUGAGGAGGUGGUGCUGCACUCUGUCAUGAAGGACAUCAUGAUGGCUGUGAAGGAGGCGGCAGUCCAGAGGAGGCACAACCUGUACAGGGACAGCAUUGUCCUGAGCAACAGCGACCCCAGCCUGCACCUACUGGGAGAAAACCCCUCCAUUGACUGGGCCGGGGAGUACGGAGGAGCCCAGGAGGAGGCGGAUGGUGCAGGCGAGGAUGCCGAGGGUGACGCUGAAGGUCAAGGUGGGGAGUCCUAUAAGAGGAGGAGGAUGAAGCAGGUGGUGUCCAUGAUUCAGGUGGAAGGCUCCCCAGUCCUGCCCAACGAGUCAUGCGUAGAGGUGCCCAGCGUCAACGAUAUCCCAGAAGAGAAUGGAGAGGAGGAGGACGAUGAUGACGACAACGACGAGGAGGAGGACGGAGAUGGGUAUGAAAACCCAGAUGGUAAAGCUUCUCCUGACCAGAAUGGAUCUGCAAGUCCCAAAUCUUUAGAGAACAGUCUAGACCUGUCAAACGGUUCCGUAUCGAAGGAGGAGGAAGCCAAAGCAGAGGAGCAGGGUAAAGAAGAAGCCCCUCUGAAGGUUGAAACUGCUGCAGAAAGUGCUUCUGACACAGAGGAGAAGGGAGGGGGAGAGGACGGCCAGCCGAUGGUGGAGACACAACCACUCUGCGACCAGGUGUCAGAGGAGGUGUUGCCACCACCACCACCUCCUUCUGAGGAAAUCCCAUCUGCGGCCACAGAAGUGGCUCCAGAAACCCCUCCAGAGGCUACAUCUGACUUCCCCCCACCUCCACAUGAUGACAGCGGCUUCCAGUCUCCCAUCAGCGAAGGGGCGGAGGCAGAGGAGGAGGAGGAGGAGGAGGCCUCCAGCACAGUGGCCCCACAGCCCACGGAGGAGCACCCUGAGGCGAGGGAGAAGAGUGUUGCCACGGCACCAGAAGCAGAGACCAAAACCAGUGACUCUGAGACCAAAGACCAGUGAUAAAAAGAUUUCCUCUUGUCGACCUAAACUGAAUCCUGCCUUUUUCUCUCUUUGUUUGUUUUGUUUUUUGACAAAGAUUGAACGAGCCUUCGUGCUGCUGUUUUACCCACAUCAGUCUUCAGCAGUUUCCACAUCGCUGUCAGGCCUCAGAAUCAGUCAGCAGAUUAUUUUCACUGAGCAGGGCUCAGGUGCUGUCAGCAUUUUUAUAAACAUUGUUUUCUCUGUAUGAUUUUCACAACUUUACAUCUGACAGACAAAUGCACACAGUUCCACAUCUUAUUUUCUUUUCACCUGGUAUAAAAGUGAGCACAGUGGACGACCUUCAGUUCCCGAUGGUGGGUAAUAAACAAGUUGAAGAACACCCCAGUUGAGGUGCCUUUGGUGUAAUACAUGUAAAUUGAUUUAGCUCUCAAAUCUUAUUACUGUGUGGCCAUCAAUAAACUUCAGCAAUUUGAUUUAUUUAUGAUAUUUGUUGGUGUAAAUGCAUUUUGUGCUAUUGGAAACUCACUUGUUUUUUUAUUGACCUAAUUGACCAACAGAAAAUACUUUCCAGAAUGUGGAAAAGUCUCUUUUUUUUCCAUCUCAAACAUUAUUACGUAACUCGUGGAUUGUACACAGUGAUGUCUCAAGACUUGAGGAUUUCGUUUUUCUUGGUGGGAAUAACACUAUUUUACGAGUUCAUCCCUUAAUAAAGAAAGUUUGUGUAUAUUGUGUAUAAAUACUUGUACGGACCAAUGAAUUACCAAACUGUCAUUUUACAUAAUUUUAUAUCACUUGAUCGGUGCUUGAGCUGAUCUCUCCACACCUGUUUUAUUUAUUAUUUUCAUUCUCUUUUUUGACCAGUGUACUUUUACAUUUAUUUUACUCUCAUGUGAUACAAGUGACUAUAAUUGAUAAUAAAUCAUUAUUGA